AUGCUUACCCGCGCCGUCGAGGAGCGAAGCCAGCAGACAGCCAUGCUCCAUGCUCGUGUGGCUACUCUUGAGGUUGAGAAUUCGCAGCUGCGGACACAGAAUGCCGCGCUCCAGCUCAGCUUGAUGGGGCGAGAUGCUAGCACGACACCUUCGAGUGGACUACUGAUCACGAGUCGCGAGCCCUGGGAGACAGCACCCAAGAACGCACAAUCCACGUGCCUCGCAGAUGAGAUACUGCAAGGCUUUAUUGCUUCUGUCAGGACUGACAACUUCCUAUCGGCAACGAGCAUGGUGGAAAGGGCGGCAGCGUACUCUCUGAAGCCCAAACUCUGCUCACUAAUCGAACCUGACAGGAGCACGGAGGAUGACAUUAGCAAUGUCGUAGCGGACAUAGUGCGGUCAUAUCCCGAGAUUGAGACUCUGCCAAAGCAGGUCGCUGUGUUCUGGAACAUGGCACUGCUUCUCAAGUGGAUGGUUCUCCUAGAUCAGCAGAGUUGGGAUCUGAUGCCCGAAUGGUUGCGUCCGACCCCAAGCCAACGCGAAACUCCCCACGCAGCCUGGAUCGAUCGCAUACCUUGGCCACGCGCGCGCGAAUACCUGAUCGCACACCCCGACAUCACUCUUGAUGACUGGGCUGCCCCCUACAGCUCAAGCUUUGGCGUAAGCUGGACUUACGAUCCUUCACUCGUGGUCAUAGCCUGCAUAGCGCCCGAUUCGGGCAGCACUGAGCUAUCGAUUAAUCCUGUCUACGAAGAGCACCUGCGACAACUGAGGAAUUGGACCGUGGGCGACGUUUUCCGGCAACAAUUCCCAGAAAUUUCCAAACUCGUCGACGAGGAUACUGCAUUCUGA